UCGGUGCAGUUCGCGGCGGGGCAGCCUUGGAGGUUAUGUCCCGUCCGUGUGUCCACACGCACACGCCGCUCGUGCGUGCGACUGACGUCUCGUUUGACGCGUGUACAUUCACGAGUGCCGCUUACGUGUGUGCGCGCGUGUGUGCGUGUAUGUGUGUGCUCGCAAUUCCGUAUCCUUGAGUUUCUGUAAAAGUCUCGACGAACGUGUGGGGUCUGAUCGAGGAAACGCACAGCCGUUGAAAUUUACGCGCUCGGGGAGCAACCUUGAAGAAAUCGGGGAGCUCGUAUGUCUGUGAAUCGGAUGGGGCGGGGUGCUGCAUUUGAAUCGCUUCGGGAAGUGGGCAAUGUGGAUUGGUAAUAAUUCAUCAUUGCCGGAACGUCCCCAUGGAUCAGCUAUUUCUCGAUCUCAUUCACGAAUGUAAAUAUGUGGCACCGGGGGCGCAGCUCACUUACGCGCUGAGGAAUCGUUUGGAGAAGUACAAGGAGGAAGUGCGGAGGGAGAUUGUGGCGCGUACGAAGGAUGGCUGCGCCCCGUUGUUCAUCGCCUGCAAGAGGGGCCACGUGGAGAUUGUCGAGUAUCUCAUAACGGAAUGCGCCGCCGACAUCGAACAAAGGGGAAAGUACGAGGUGCCGGACGACAGGUCGGUUCACUGCGUCACCCCGCUCUGGUGCGCCGCAGUGUCCGGAAACCUGGAAGUUAUAAAAUGCCUUAUACUCCACGGAGCUGACGUCAACGCGGUCUCCGAUUCUGGAUCCACACCUGUUAGAUCUGCGUGCUUCAUGACGCACAUGGACAUUGUCGCUUAUUUAGUGAAUAACGGCGCCGAUAUAUUAAAAGCGAAUUAUAACGGCGGAACAUGUUUGAUAAACUCUGUACAAAGCGUGGAGCUAUGUACUUUCCUGUUGGAACACGGCGCGGACGUGAAUGCCACUGACAUUCAGAACAAAACUGCCUUGCAUUACUCUAUACAGGAGCACAGACUGCGAACUACCAAACUGCUCUUAGAACAUAAUGCAGACCCUCAUCUUAGAUCUCGUUAUAACGACGAUGCUCUCCAGACUGCCUGCCUUAAAGGAGCCAUUCAGAUAUUUGAUUAUUUAGUGGAAAACGUAUCGUAUUCCCCGGAAAGAUUGGCAGACGCGAACGAGCUGAUGGGAUCUACAUUUUUCGACGAUCACAACGACACGCACAUGGCGUUGCAAUACUGGAGAUCGGCGAUGAUUUUACGAAUGGUCAACUCGGAAAACGGAAUGCCUUUGCCAAAGAGACCUGUGUUACUAAAACGCGAGGCUUACAAACACGCGACGGAGUUUUCGAAUUUGGAAGAGCUAAGCGCUAUCUCGCUCGACUUAGACGCAAUAAGAAUACAAAGCCUGCUGAUAUGCGAGAGGAUAUUGGGCCCGCAUCACAAGGAUACCCUCUUUCGGCUGAUGUUUAGAGGUGCCUCGUAUGCAGAUGCGUUAAGGUAUCAGAAUUGUAUAGAUCUCUGGCGUCGCGCGUUAGAAAUUAGGGUAGAAAAGGACUCGAUCUUGUACGCGGAUACUUGCUUUACCGCGCAAGCUCUUGUAAGGCUUAUGGUAGAUCUGAAUGAAAAAACGUUGGAAGUGAUGGAUCGUAAUCGAGAGAAGCAGGAGCCGCGAUUUUGCGACGUAGUAGCCAUAUUUAAAUUACUUUCCAGCCAACUGACGGAAGCUAGAGAGUUGUUGGAGAAACGUCCCGUGCAUAAGAGACAAAGAGACAGUUACGAACGUAUCCUGAAGUGCGUGACGCAUCUUAUUUACCUGUUGGUAGAAACGGCGAGUUCGGACGAGGAGAAAGCUCUAAUGCACCAACUAGUCCGUGAUUUGGUGAAACAAAAUCCAAGAUCUGUUUAUACAGAUGACACGCUUCUCCAUCUUUGCGUUUCCGGCUUAAAUACGAUUAAUUCUAGUUAUUUUACUUUUGCCGACGAUAUGCAUACGAUCUUUCCACGUUUGGAUGUUGUUAAAUUACUCUUGGAUUGUGGGGCAUAUGUCGAUGCUAGAAAUAUAUUGCGGUCGACGCCUUUACAUAUAGCAAGUAAUGCAUACAACUUCCACAACUCUCUGGUAAAAUUGUUGCUGGAUCAUGGCGCGCAUUUGGACACGCCAAACAGAACGGGGGAUACACCAGCGCGAUUGAUAGCGUCUAAUCCGGGAAAUACCGUGAAUAUCCUUAAAUAUACCAGCCUUCAGUGUCAGGCCGCGCAGGCUGUUUGUAAAUAUGGAAUUCGUAGUACAGAACUACCUAUUACGUUACGUUCGUUCCUAGAACUUCAUAGAGAAUGAUAUUGAUAAUAUUUUCAAAUGAAUCUAUCGGAUAUUUAUUAAGAACAGUCUUGCAAUGUAUUUUGUUAUAAUUCCAAAAUGUACGACAAUAUCAAAGAAUUCAUAUAAAGGGUGAGCCUACUCACCGGUCACCUGAAUAACACCUAUAGUAAAAUACAUGAUGUAUCAUUUU